UUUCGAUAUAUAACAGAUUCGGUUUCGGAGAGCAACCGUGAGAAACGGUGGUGCCGGUGGCACGUGAAGCGCACGUGCUCCAAUGGCUCUCUGGUUGUCACUGCCAUCAGGCAACGGUCUGCGGAACCGUCUCCCUCUCCCUCUCCCAUGCCACUGGCGAGCUUCACAAAUUCCUCUUCGUCUUUUCUCUCCUUGCCAAACUUCUAAUCGAAAAUUCCAUUUCAUUCUGUCUUGCGCAAUGUCUGGAGGUGUUGAGUCUCACCUUCCAGAGGAGGCGAACAAAUUUCUCAAGUCAUUGGCAGUGCAAUGGGGCGACAUACCCGAUCCGGAGGCACUGGAAGUGACUCGCCUCAAUGGAGCAAUGACUAACAAGGUCUACCAGAUUAAAUGGCGUACUGAUUCGAACAGAGGCGGAUCCAGGAAGGCGUUGGUGAGGAUUUAUGGUGCAGGUGUUGAGGUAUUUUUCAAGCGUGAAGAUGAGAUUCGUACUUUCGAGUUCAUGUCCGAGCAAGGGCGGGGGCCUCCUUUACUCGGCCACUUUCCUAAUGGUCGUAUUGAAGAGUUCAUUCGAGCUCGGACCCUUACAGCAGCUGAUUUGCGUGAUCCUGAGAUAUCUGCCCUUAUAGCGACUAAGAUGAAGGAAUUCCACGGUCUAGAUAUGCCUGGUUCGAAGGCUGUUGUCCUAUGGGACAGAUUGAGAAACUGGCUUAAAAAAGCGAAACAGUUGUCUCCAGUGAAAGAAGCUGAAGAAUUCAGCUUAAAAUUUCUGGAAGAUGAAAUAUCAGCCCUGGAAGAGAAUCUCUCAGCUUGUCAUCAACUUGUUGGAUUCUGCCACAAUGACUUACAAUACGGGAACUUGAUGAUAAAUGACGAAAGCAGACUAAUCACAAUAAUAGAUUACGAAUAUGCUAGCUACAAUCAUGUGGCUUUUGAUAUUGCAAAUCACUUCUGUGAGAUGGCUGCUGACUAUCAUACAAAAACUCCGCAUGUUCUGGAUUAUAGCCAAUAUCCAAGUUUGGAGGAACGUCGUAAGUUUGUCCAGGUCUAUCUGAGUGGUUCAGACGAUCUGUCUAGUGACUCAGAGGUGAAGAAGCUACUUCAGGCAGUGGAGAAGUAUACUCUUGCAAGCCAUCUUGUUUGGGGCUUAUGGGGAAUAAUCUCGGAUCAUGUUAACAAAAUUGAUUUUGAUUACAAGGAGUAUGCCCGACAAAGGUUUCAACGAUACUGGGCAACAAAAUCCGAGCUGCUGGAGCUGUCAAAAACUUAUUCUUAUCUGUAGCCAUGGGCGACCAUUGGCGAUGGAUGGAAUACACUCAGAUAACUGUCGAUGCACUCAUUCUUUCCUAUGGAUGGAAGCCAUAGUAGUUUUUGUGGAGCACUUUCUACAUUUAUAUGGAAAAUUUUGUUCAUAUGCUAGUGGCCAGGUUGUAUUUUUUGCUUGGCAAUUUUCUACAUUUAUUUCACUCCCACUGCAAUUUGUUUAGUUGCUCAGUGGCUUUAGUACAGGACCUGCAAAUUGCAAUAAUAAUACACCAUUACUUAGUUUUGAUGCA